AUGUCUGGAAGAGGCAAAACCGGCGGAAAGGCCCGUGCUAAGGCCAAGACUCGCUCAUCCCGAGCUGGACUUCAGUUCCCCGUGGGCCGUGUCCACAGGCUCCUCCGUAAAGGGAACUACGCUGAGCGUGUUGGUGCCGGCGCUCCGGUCUAUUUGGCCGCUGUGCUGGAGUAUCUGACUGCUGAGAUUUUGGAGCUGGCUGGUAACGCUGCUCGCGACAACAAGAAGACCCGUAUCAUUCCUCGGCACCUGCAGCUCGCCGUGCGUAACGAUGAGGAGCUGAACAAACUGCUCGGCGGAGUGACCAUCGCUCAGGGUGGUGUGCUGCCUAAUAUCCAGGCUGUGCUUCUGCCCAAGAAGACCGAGAAGGCGGCCAAGACUAAGUAAUUUUACCUACUGCUGCGUUUGUCAGUAUCCAAAGGCUCUUUUAAGAGCCACCCAUUUUUCCUUUAAAAGUGCUUUUUUUUUUUUUUUUUUUUUUCUCUGAUCAGUUCAUAAACAAUGUUGUAACACGUGAAUGAAUAGGAAUUAUAAUUAUUUUGCAAUAAGAGGUUACCUGAAAAAUUAGAAUUGUUUGUUGGAGAUCUUUUCUGUGUAAUGUGUGUAACCACUAGCAUCAGUAUUUCCACAGUAUCAAUUCAGUUAAUUAAAUUGUUUUAGUUAAAUACGUGAAUGUUCUAUAUAAUUAAGCAAGAUUAUGAUUAAGAAUAUAAGAUCGGAAAUGAAAACAUGUAAAGAUUAAAUACUGUAAAUCAUUUGGGA